ACCACCACAACACUCAGCAAACAUCAAAGCUUUCUCUGCUUUUGAGUUCCCUUACAGUCCUUUUUUUCUCAUCAAUACUAAAACUAAGAGAUCAUGGCUAUUCUCCGUAUGAUCAAGAAGUCUUCUGCAACUAGAGAUAUUCCCAAGGGCCAUUUUGCUGUGUAUGUUGGAGAGAUGCAGAAAAAGAGAUUUGUAAUUCCAAUAUCAUUCUUGAGCGAACCUUUGUUUCAAGACUUGCUUAGUCAAGCCGAGGAUGAAUUCGGCUUCGAACAUCCAAUGGGCGGUGUUACUAUUCCCUGCAGUGAGGAUUUGUUCAUGGAUCUCACAUCUCGAUUGAGGAAGUGAGAAGGAAACUAGUCCCCAUUUUUUUUGUCACACAAUUUUGUAUAGCUGUAGUAAGCCAGGAACUCCACUGUGUACAGUUGAGAGUUAGAAGAAACACUAGCUAGACUAGUAUAUGUUUUUUUACUUCAAAAGAGAUUGAAGUAAUGAAACUUUUUACUUCCAUACAUUGAAUGUAAUCGAUUCAUUGCAAUAGAAACUUUUUGCCUCUCUACCAGUUGAAUCUUUUA